AUGAAUUCUAAAAGUUACUCUUUCAAUAAACUCAGUCAUAUUGAUGAUCCUCGUUUUCGAAUAACUCCAGUGCAACAAAUGGCUGCUGCUUGCACAGGAGCUUUAAUAACUUCAUUUCUUGUUACGCCUUUAGAUGUCAUAAAAGUACGCAUGCAAGCCCAAAGCAGAAUAACCGGAAAACAUAAAUGUUUUUUUUAUUCUAAUGGCUUAAUGGAUCAUAUUUGUCCAUGUAAUGAAAUUAAAAAAAAUUCUACCAAUGGUCCUUAUUAUAGAAAUGUUCAAUGGUUCGACAGACCUACUCAGUUUAAUGGAACACUUGAUGCCUUUAAAAAAAUUAGCAGAAAUGAAGGUAUAUUAUCAUUAUGGAGUGGAUUAAGUCCAACAUUAGUUCUCGCAUUACCUGCCACAAUUAUUUAUUUUGUAUCAUAUGAACAAAUACGUUGUUACCUCCAAGAUUUAACAGAAUCCCAUACAAAUAAUAAUAAUUUAUUAUGGAUCUCUGGUGUAUCAGGAUGUAUUGCUCGUUUUGGAGCGGCUACUUCAGUUAGCCCUUUAGAACUUAUACGCACUAAAAUGCAAUCAAAAAAACUUAGUUAUUUGGAAGCUCAUCAAGCAUUAAAAAGUUUAUUAAAAUAUCAUGGUUAUAAGGGUCUUUGGAAAGGUCUUGGUUCUACCUUACUCAGAGAUGUCCCCUUUUCUGGUAUUUAUUGGGUAACAUAUGAACAUAUUAAAAAAAUAUCUGGUCAAUCAACAACUUUUAUGUACAAUUUUAUGGCUGGAAGUAUAGCUGGAACGUUGGCUGCAGCAUUAACUACACCGUUUGAUGUUGUUAAAACCAUUCGACAAAUUGAAUUAACUGAAAAGGAAAUUAUGACUGAAGUUAUUUUAGAACCUCCAAGAAAAGCUUCCGGUUGGACAGUUAAAGCAAUUGUUGAAAUAUACCAAAAAAAUGGAAUGCGUGCCAUUUUCAGUGGUUUAGUUCCUCGGAUUAUCAAAAUAGCACCUGCAUGUGCAAUAAUGGUAUCCACAUUUGAGUAUGGAAAAACAUUUUUUCAAAAUAGAAAUAUGCAAGUACAUACAAAUUUUAACGAUAUCUUAUAGCUAAGAUGAAAUGUAAAAUAUAAUAUUGAGUAAAAAUGAGGGAAAUUAUUAUUUUUUUAAUUGUUUAAUAUAACUAUUACUGUGGUAACUAUUAUCACAUUACACAAAAUGAAAUAUCAAAUAAAUCUAAGUGAUUUUUGUAAUUAUUA